ACGUGUGCAGUUAUGCUGCCUGGACACACGCACACACACGCGCAGAUAUGCUGCCUGGACACGAGCAGAUAUGCUGUCCGGACACACACGUGUGCAGUUAUGCUGCCUGGACACACGCACACACACGCGCAGAUAUGCUGCCUGGACACGAGCAGAUAUGCUGUCCGGACACGCACACACGUGCAGAUACGCUGCCUGGACGCAUGCGGACUGAGGUGCUUUUCAGAGGGUGUGCUGCGAGGCCCGCAGUGCGUGUGCAGUGAGGCUCAUAGUUGAUGAAGGACUCUCCCUGCUCCACCGUCACUCCCCAACCCCUGCCUGCCUCUGCCCUCGCCUGGCCUUCGCGGCUAUUUUUGCCACCUGUCUUGGGUGUCCAGGAGUCCCCUACUGCUGUAGGCUGGGGCUGGGGGCACAGCAGCCCCAAGCCUGAGAGGCUGGAGCCCAUGGCACUCCCACUGCAUUCUCCCCCUGCCAGCGAGAAGGAGCCUUGGUAUUUAUAUUUAAGAAAUGAAGAUAAUAUUAAUAAUGAUGGAGGGAGGGCUGGGUUGCAGGGACUGUGGUCUCUUCUGGGGCCCGGGACCCGCCUGGUCUUUCAGCCACGCUGAUGCCUGCACCCCGUCCAGGCCAGGCACCACCCCCCACCCCACUGUCGUGGUGGCCCCAGAUCUCUGUAAUUUUAUGUAGAGUUUGAGCUGAAGCCCCGUAUAUUUAAUUUAUUUUGUUAAACAUGAAAGUGCAUCCUUUCUCUCCA